GAGUUGAACCGGAAGAUGAACAUGUUGCAGGCUGCCAAGGCAGCAGAUCCAGCAUCGAAGGCAUCGUCGAUUGCCGCAGCGAAGGAGAAGGAGAUUGAGGAACCUGAGAAGAGCUCCGACGAGGGCGACGAUGAUGAUGAUGAUAACGACCCCGACAAGGGAGAUUGGGGAUUGGGUACAACCUUAUGCCCGAAAACCGGGAAAGUGCCAGAUCAGCAUAUGGUUGUCAGUCUCGACGCCCUGAAGCAGCGGCUACGACGGGCGUGCAAGAGGCGAAAAAACGGGAAAGUCCCCGGUGGAGAGGCUGCCUUCGAAGCCUAUCAAGACGUGGAGAACAGGAAGCAGCUCGCGAAGCUGCUGGUGGAAGCGAAGUUCAACGAGGACAGGUGA